AUGUCGCAGCAAAGUGAAAAUAGAUCCUUGCUCGAUGACCUGGAUGCUUUCAUCGAUAUGGCCCGAGAGGUUGUCGAUGUAGCACCGGCAGAUGAUCCUGAUCGCAUCAUCUGGGUUCACGAGCUGGGGAAUACUCUGCGUCGUCGCUUCACCGUUACUGGGGUACUUGCUGAUCUGGAGGAUUCAAUCAAGCUGGGCCAAGAAGCAAUCGAUACCGCUCCAAAUGAUUACAUUCACCGAGGCGUUCUCCUGGAUAGCCUCGGUGUUCACUUGGCGAUCCGAUUUGCCCAAACUGGAUCACUAGCUGAUCUCGAACGAGCUAUCCAAGUCACACGAGAAGCGAUCGAUGUGGCAGUAGACUCGGAUGAUAGAGCCUUUCGGCUUACGCACUUGGCAAAUCACCUUGGAGAGCGCUAUGAGGGAACAGGGUCUUCUAUAGAUCUUGAAGAGGCGAUAGAAGUGGCUCAGUCAGCCGUAGACUUGACUCCGCUCGAUAGCCCCAAGAGACCUGGGCGACUUAAUACUCUGGCAAACCAGCUACACGAACGCUAUGGAAGAACAGGAAUUCUUGCAGAGCUCGACAAAGUUAUUGACAUCUGUCGUGGGAUCGCCAAAGCUGGUGUAGAGGGAUCGCCCGAUCAAGCUCUCUUUAAGUCCAACCUUGCUGGUCACCUUGGAGAUCGCUACCUCAGGACAGGCGACACAAAUGACCUUGAUGAAGCAAUUCAACUCGCACAAGAGGCAUUGACCACCCUGCCGCAAAGCCAUGCAGACAUUCCUAAUCUUUCGAGUAACCUCUCGAUCUGGCUUGCGAAACGGUAUAUACGAAAUCGAGAAGCAAAAGAUGUUGAAGAAGCUAUCAAGAUGGGGCACCAAUCCAUUACUGUCGCUCAACCAGGAAACCCAAGUCUUGCUCAGUACAUGAGCAAUCUUGCAGACUGUUAUUGGAAUCGUCAUACUUUGACGAAUUACAUGGACGACUUUGACGCUGCCGUGAAUCUCUAUCGGUCUGCUCUAAACCACGCUAACUCCAACAUCCAAACAAGAAUUGCAGCUGGAAAGUUUCUCUUUGAGACAUAUGCACAUGCUUCUCAAUGGCAGCAUGCUCUUGAUGCAUCUCAAACAACCUUCGACCUAUUGCCGCAACUGACACCGAGGUCGCUUGGCUUCGCCGAUAAACAACGUAUGCUCGGUCGAAUAGUAGACCUCGCUUGCGAUGCCGCAGCCGUGAAGCUUCACGCUGGCGAAAAACCCUUUCUUGCUCUAAGCGUACUGGAGAAAGGCCGUGGAGUACUUCCUGCAGCAAUUGAACAGAUUCGUGUGGAUGUUCUCGACCUAGAAGAGAUUCAUCCUGAUCUCGCAGGACGAUUUCUGGAACUCAGCCAGAUUCUCGAUAAGCCCAUUCAAGGUGGCGAUUCGGUCUCAGCUCAAGCUAUCGCAAACCGCCGGGGUGAGGCAAGUGCCGAAUUAGACAGUCUAAUUCUCGAGAUUCGGAAACAUCCAGGGUUCAGUGACUUUCUGGAAUCGUCAAACGAAGAUGACGUCCGAGCGGCGGCCAGUUUGGGACCUAUCGUGGUUGUCAACCUUAGCAAAUUUCGGUGUGACGCGAUUCUUGUCGAAACACACCAAAUUACAUCAUUAUCCCUGCCCAAUCUGACCAAUGACAAGAUGAACGAGAAAGAGAGUCAGAAUUCGUUAACUAGCCCUUCCAUGCUGGAAUGGCUCUGGGAUGUAGCCGCCAACCCUAUUCUCCAGGCACUUGGUAUUCAAGGCCCUCCACCAGGUGAUGACUGGCCUCACAUCUGGUGGAUUCCAACUGGGAGACUGGGUAGGCUCCCAUUCCACGCCUUUGGACAUCAUUAUCUAGGGUCAACCCAGACAGUACUGGAUAGAGUGAUCUCAUCGUACAGCUCAUCCAUCCGGGCCCUUAUCAACGGCCGAAAACUUCGUUCAGAUUCAGUCCAAGAUAAAGCUGUCUUGGUAGCGAUGGAAGAAACUACUGCCCAGAUAAAGCUUCCAUUUGUCAAAGAAGAGGUCUCAGCUAUCGUCAAAAUCUGCAAGUCAAUGAACCUCGAGUCUCGCGUUCCCGAGCAGCACAAGCAGGCUGUCUUGGAAGAGCUUCAAAACUGCAAAGUCUUCCACUUUGCUGGUCAUGGAAAGACGGAUGGCAACCCUUCUCAAAGCGGACUGCUUCUGACCGAUGGCAUAUUGACAGUAUCUGAACUUAUGGAUAUCAACCUUCGGAAACAUGCUCCGUUCUUGGCAUAUCUUUCCGCUUGUGGGACAGGUCAGGUUGGAGGAGAUGCUUUCUUCGAUGAGAGCAUCCACCUGAUCAGCGCAUGUCAGCUAGCCGGUUUUCGGCAUGUGGUUGGUACACUCUGGGAAGUCAGCGAUAAGUCAUGUGUUGAAGUAUCACAGACUGUGUACGAGUCGAUAAGAGAUGAAGGGUUCUUAGACAGGUCUGUUUGCUCGGGUCUGCACAAAGCUAUGAGGCAGCUCCGAGACAAGUGGUUAAGUGGACCAGAGCAGUGCUUGAAUGGGAUGGCCAGUGGUGAGAGAGAAGAUGCAUGGACACGAGACAUUCUUUCUUGCGAUGAGGGUGAUGAAGAGAUGGAGAAACUUGUCUGGGUCCCCUUUGUCCAUUUUGGUGGAUAA